AUGCAAAUACACCGAGACAUGGGAAGGUCACUCACAGGGACGGUGAUCAUCACCGGAGGAAAUGGAUCACUGGGAUCUGAGAUUGCCGUGGCCAUUGCGAAAACCCAGCCCUUCACACAUCUCCUCCUCACGGCCCGACAUCCCACACGGCAAGAUGUGAGGGAUUUGAUCACAAGAAUCCGACUCAUCGGGCCCCGAUCUAUCGAGGUCCUCGGCCUCGACCUCACAGACCUCCGAUCAGUGACUAGCUUCGUCCAAAGGACGAUUGAACGAGUACGAAGCAAAGAAAUUCCGCCCAUAUCCAACCUGAUCCACUCGGCGGCCAUUGCAUCGUAUACGGUCGACGAGCUCACUUUGGACGGCUAUGACCCCGUGUACCAGACCAACUGCGUCGCCCCAUUCUUCCUAACCGUUGGCUUACUCGAGGCGUUCCGCGCUGGCGAUGGAACCCCCGACGGAGGCGCGAAGGUGAUCUACAUCGGCUGCUCUGCAGCAUCAUAUGGGCGGCUCGACUUCUUCGACCGCAACCAAGGGCGCGACACUCGUCCCCCCGGGACGAUCCUGAGUCGCAAGGAAGGAAACAUCCGGUUCGGGAGCAGCAAGCUCCUGGCGAGCGUGGCAUUAUAUGCAUUGCGACGCAGCCUGGCCAGCACUGACAACAUCGCACUGGACCUAUUCACGCUGGACCCGGGGGGCAUGGUCGGGGAAAGCCGUCUGCGAACCGGGGCACCUCUAUCGGUACGGAUCGCACACCAGACGCGGUCGGGCCUGGGGCCGAUUCUGCGGAUGGUGUCGCGCAGCUCAAUCAACAAAACCAGUGUCCCAGCCAAGGUGAUCGCCAAAGUUGCAUUCCGUCGGGUCGCGGUGGAGCAGGCUGAGCGGUACUUUAUUCUCGACAGCGAGUACGAGGCCGCAUCCGUCCUGCCGACGCUGCGCGAUGGGCCGGCAAUGCAGUCUCAGCUGGUGCACAUGAUGGGACGAGUGGAGGUGGGCAGUCAAUUCAAGGGGUCGCCGGAGUCGACCAGUACUGCGCCGACGACCUAUUGA